AUAGACUCUUAGUCAGUGCAUCUCAAGAUGGAAAGUUGAUCAUCUGGGACAGCUAUACUACAAACAAGGUUCAUGCCAUUCCUCUUAGAUCAUCUUGGGUAAUGACAUGUGCAUAUGCCCCAUCUGGAAACUAUGUAGCAUGUGGAGGUUUGGAUAAUAUAUGCUCCAUUUACAGCCUAAAGACUAGAGAAGGCAACGUGAGAGUGAGUCGAGAACUGCCUGGACACACAGGAUAUUUGUCUUGCUGUCGUUUUUUGGAUGACAAUCAGAUCAUUACAAGUUCUGGUGAUACAACUUGUGCGUUGUGGGAUAUUGAGACAGGCCAGCAAACCACUACUUUCACAGGACACAGUGGUGAUGUUAUGAGUCUUUCUCUUUCCCCUGAUAUGAGGACCUUUAUUUCAGGGGCUUGUGAUGCCUCUAUUAAACUCUGGGAUAUCCGAGACAGCAUGUGUCGGCAGACCUUUACUGGCCAUGAGUCGGACAUCAAUGCUGUGUGUUUCUUCCCAAAUGGAAAUGCGUUCACCACAGGGUCUGAUGAUGCUACUUGUCGACUAUUUGACUUGAGAGCUGACCAAGAGCUGAUGAUGUAUUCCCACGAUAACAUCAUUUGUGGUAUUACUUCAGUGGCAUUCUCCAGGAGUGGCCGCCUCCUCCUUGCUGGCUAUGAUGACUUCAACUGUAACAUAUGGGACUCAAUGAAGGGUGAUCGCGCAGGUAAAGCAAAAUUUUAG